UCGAGCGGUGAGCAGGCUGGCCAUUCCAUCAAAGUGCGAAGGGAAAUAAGCAACAGUAACAAUAGUUAACCAGUAAUGCUUCUGCCAAAUGCAAUUAACUGAUUUGCAAAAGCAAAUUGAAAACUCAGCCGUGAAACGAAAGCAAAGCUAAUUAAAUCAAAAUCACAUACAAUCAAUGGAUUAAAAAGGCUCUGGCCAAAAGUUUAGCUAGUGUUUACUUGUGCGUAGUGUUUCGUGUGGUGUGCUGCUAAGGAUAAAGAUCUCCAGAUCUAGUUUUUAGAUUCAAGAAGAUGGAGCACGAUAGCUUCGAUGAUCCGCUUUUCGGGGAGUUCGGCGGCGGUCCGCUGAAUCCUUUGGGCGCCAAGCCAUUGAUGCCCACCUCGACGGCCAUGCAUCCCGUGAUGCUGGGCAGUGUCCACGAGUUGUGCAGCCAACAGCAGCAGCAGCAGCAACAACAACGACUGCCCGAUUGCAACACCAUCCUGCCGAACGGAGGAGGAUCCGGCGCUGGAGGAUCGCCCAACUAUGUGACCAAGUUGGAUUUCGUCAACAAGAUUGGCUGCUAUUCGCCCAGUCAGAAGUACGAGUACAUCAGUGCUCCCCAGAAGUUGGUGGAACAGCAGCAGCAUCAUCAGCACCAUCAGCACUACACGGCCACGCCCCCGCCCAGUCACAAUGGCAUCCUGCUGCACAAGCAGUCCUCCCAGCAGCAGCAGCAGCAACAGCAACAACAGCAGUUGGUGGGCAUCCUGGACUACCAUCCGCUGAAUGGCAAGCUGGACUACUCGUCCUCGCCGAAGGAUCAAUACGAGCCGCAGCAACAGCAAUUGCAGCAUUUGUACGGCGGAAGUCCGCAUCAUUUGGAUCACCUGGAUCACGGAAGCGAUGGCCUGCUGCAGGACUCCUCGCCCGUGAUGAUCAACGGAGGAUUCGGGGGCAAACUGAAGAAACCCGAUGAGAUGUGCUCGCAAAUGGAGGCUGGAGUCACUACACCCACUAGUUCCUCGGUGGUGGUCAACGGAGUGGCAGGAACGACCAAUGGCACCACCAUCAACUCGUCCUCCUCUUCGUCCGCCGUCGGCGGUCAGGGGGCGGUGGCGGUUGCAGCGGGAGGCGUGGCAGCGCCUGCGCCGAAAAAGGACAGCAACAGCAGCAAGAAGAAGGGCGAUCCCAAUGGCAUCAAGAAGAAGAAAACGAGAACCACGUUUACGGCUUACCAAUUGGAGGAGUUGGAGCGGGCUUUCGAACGCGCCCCGUAUCCGGAUGUGUUCGCCCGCGAGGAGCUGGCCAUCAAGCUGAACCUGAGCGAGUCGCGGGUGCAGGUGUGGUUCCAGAACCGACGGGCCAAGUGGCGCAAGCACGAGCCGCCCCGCAAGACGGGCUACAUCAAGACGAGCACUCCGCCGACGGCGACACUCAAUCCGGGCACCCUGGCCCCGCCGUUCACCAGUUAUCCGCAGACGACGACGGUCACGCCGCCGGGCAGCAUGGACAGCUGGACCAGCUACCAGACGCCCUACGAGCUGACGCCCCAGUUCAGCCUGCUUUCGCCGGCGGCCAGUCCGUAUGGCACCUAUUCCGGCCAGUACGGUGCCUAUGUCCACGAGAGCCAGCUGUUCCCGAUGCGGCACUACGAGUACGGCAGUCCGACGCGCAUGGAAAUGGGCGCCACUUCCGGUUCGGUCACCGGAAACGGAGAGGAGGCGGUGGCCAAUGGCGGCAGCUAUCAGCCGGCGGAGCUGCAGACCGCCCAGCAGCAGCAGCUGGCCGACGGCACUCUGGUCACGGUCCAUGCCCACCAGCAGCAGCAACAGCAACAACAACAACAGCAGCAGCAGCAACAGCAACUGAAUGGCAAGUACCUGACCACCGAGGAGGCCAAAUACGUGCAUCUGCAGUGCCAUCAAAGUGGUGCUGGACUGGAGCUGAGUCCCGGGGCCAGUUGCCACCUGGUGGAGACCCAGGCGCAGCACUAUGUGACCACGGCGACGGGCGGCGGAGCCGGCGGAGGAAGCGGAGGCGGUACGAGUAGCGAUGACAACGACAGCGGCAGCAUGCAGACUGUGAUCAAGAGCGAGGAGUCCGCCCAGCAGCAGCAGGCGCAGAGCUACGUCCUGCCGCCUUUUUUGCACUAAGGGAAAUGCUCACACACCGGCGGCAGCAACAACAACAGCGCCGCUGGGCCACGCCCCCAUUCAUGCCGAGCGCCCGCUUCCGGCGGCCAUUUUGAAAAAUGGGGCGUGGAGUGUGAAGCAUUUCGAGCUGUGUGUGUGUUUCUCCGACUGAAAGUGGGGCUCCAGAAGAUCAGAAAUAGAAAGAAAAAGCCUCUAAAUUAGAACAAUUUCACAUCAGAAGAAGUAGAACAAAUUGAAAGAGAACUACAUUUUGAAAUCAUUAAGUUUUAAGUCUUUCGGUUGAAAAACUGCCAGCCUGUAAGUAUAUAAUUCGGAAAGAACAAAGUUAAAACUUUUUUUUUAGUUUUUCUGGCCAGUCCCACACAGUCCUUGGCCACUAAUUUCAUUUUGCCAUAGGUUCCUUUUAGGUUUAAUUACGCAAGUUGCAACAACAACAGAAUCAACAAGUCUUGCCAAAACUUAACGCGGUUUUUGUUCAGUCUAAGUCUAGGUUAAUAAAGGAUGGAGUUCUUCCAAAGCGAAAUCUCCACCCCCAGAAUGCAUUCCAAAUGUGCCUUACCAAACGGGGGAGAUGAGGCUUCCCAGUUGGGAGCUCUUUCCCCCAACAAAUCUAGUUAUAGUUACCCAUACUUUAAGUUAAACCCCAUUUACUGUUGUGUAGUUAGACAAUAAAAUGAUUUUUAUAUUGUAUAUUAGCUCAUUUGGCUUUACAAAGUUAUUACUUACUAAUACUAUUUUGUAUAUCGGUUUGAAAAUUCUGUUGUAAACUAGCUUAAUUAAUAAUUGUAAGCAAUACUUUAGGACAUUUCGCAAAUGUAUAUAAUAGACAUAUAAAUAAAUUGUAUUUUGUACCAAUAA